CAGUCAAGUGGUGCCGCCAAGAUGGUGCAGCUGCAGCAGGUCGUCGUGGGCUGCUACUUGUGGCUCGGGCUGGGCUUGGGGACGUCGCUGGCGCUGCCCGAGGUGCUGUUCCGUUGCCCGCCUUGCACCACCGAGCGCCUGGCCGCUUGCCCGCAGCCGCCCGCCUCGUCGUCGUCGGGACCCGACUCUGCCGCCUGCCUGGAGCUGGUGCGGGAGCCCGGCUGCGGCUGCUGCCGGGUCUGCGCCCGUCUCGAGGGGGAGACGUGCGGGGUCUACACGCCGCGCUGCGCCUCCGGGCUCCGCUGCUACCCGCGUCCCGGCGCCGAGCUGCCCCUCCAGGCGCUCGUACAGGGACAGGGCACCUGCGCCGCCGAGUACGGCGUAGCCAGCGCCGAGCACCGCGGAACCGAACUGCCUCAUCCAAGUGACCCCCAGGGGACGGGAGGCCCUGGUGACGGACUUUGGCCUGGCCAAGGAAGUGGCGGAACUGUGCACCAAGGACUCCGAGAGGAAGCUCUCCCUGGUGGGGUCAGCCUUCUGGAUGGCCCCCAAGAUGCUGCGGGGGGAGCCGUACGACAGGAAGAUACCGAGGAACCUCCCGAAGAAAACCAUCUCGAUGGUGGCGGUGUGUUGGUGAGUGGAAGGAUCAAGCCCGUGAAAAAUGGCAAGGAGAUGGCUGUCAUCCGUGAGAAGGAGAUUGAACGGCAAAAACAGAUGGGCAAGCUUCCCAAGCUCCCGCACCACACUGAGCUACGGCCACCAACUCUCAGGACCCCAUGCCAGCAAGAAUUGGAUCAAGUUUUGGAACGUAUCUCAACAAUGCGCCUACCAGAUGAGCGUGGUCCGCUGGAGCAUCUCUAUUCCCUGAAUAUCCCAAACUGCGAUAAGCAAGGCCUUUACAAUCUUAAACAGUGCAAAAUGUCAGUGAACGGCCAGAGAGGAGAAUGCUGGUGUGUUAAUCCCAACACUGGGAAAGUGAUCCAAGGGGCACCUACCAUGCGUGGAGAUCCACAGUGCCAUCUCUUCUAUACUGUCCAUGAGCAAGAGGACAGGGGCAUGCAGGCCCUGAGCGUGCAAUAGAGGAUGCAUUCCCACUCACUGGCAGGCAGCUCAGCUGAGUUCCAGUGCUGGAUUUUACAUGGGUUUCAGUGCAUUUUGUUUUCCUUUCCUCCUUUGUUGUAUUCCAGAAGAUCCCAGCUUUUUGUGGGCUUCAUGUGCCUCUCAGUUGCUUGCCUUUAAACCCUUGGGGGAGAAUCACAAAGGGGCUGGGUAGCGGGCCUUGUUUCUUAGGCUUUUUUUUUUUUUUGCCCAAGAGCAAAAAGCCUCUGCCUAGCACCUUUCCUAGGUCACUCACAGACUUACCCAAAGCAAGCAGUAAAUAUUGCUCAUGUUCGAGGGAGCUAAUCUACCCUCUUGGCUGUAGAAUCCUCCAUUCAACUCUCUCCCCAAAGCAGGGUGAUUGUGCCCCCACCAGGCUAGAUCAGAGCAUCUUCGUCCCAGUGCCCUCUACACCAACACAUAUGCACCAAAGACUGUAAAUACUGCACGUUGCCUGCUACAUAGAACCCUGACAACCUGUCCUGUUUAGGUGGCAGCAUACGUGAGCGGUUCAAAGAAUAAUGAUCUAGCACCCUUUCAGCUGGAAUGUGGCUUUCCUUCUUGGGAGGCAGGGGAUACAAGGGGGCUACACCCUGCCACCAUCUUCUCCCACAAGGCAUUUCCCUUAGCACAAGGUCCAUAGAAAUGUGACUCUCCCAUCACCACCACUCCCCCCGCAAGUUGGUAAAGUCCACAAAGCCCUGAAUGUCUACAAAACCUUCAUUAAGCGUGUGAUGCUAUAUAAGCUGUUGAGCAACAAUGGUCUUUCUCCUGUGUUGGACCUAAUUGCAGUAGGCUUCGAUUUAAUAAUUCUGAUAAGAACUUGCAUACCACUAUCCGUAUCCAUACCCUUUGUUAUGGGUCACCCUUUUCCAUCAGGCAUGAGAGUCGAAGCAAAAAGAGGGAGAGGGAUCAGCUAUUGGGAGAACCCCAGAACUCUCAAUUUUUCCCUACAAAGCAAAAACCCAUAUAAAACCCACACAUCGGCUGCUGCCAAUGUCCUUGUUGCAUGGGCCCCAGUUGAGCAAUGCUUGUUUUGUAAACUACACUAUAUAUAGUGCUUUGUAAAGCCCCCAAGAAAUGCAAAUGGACAAGAUAUAUAUAUUAUACAUACACUUAUGUAUAGAUUAAUAAUAAAUAUCUGGGAGCUAGGGAAGAUAUGUUGAAUAUGCAGCUCUCAUGAAUGGAUUAUAUUUCUUGACAUUGUUUCACACUUCUGAUUUGUUUCUGUCUGGAUCAUGCAGAUCCUGAAAAUGACUUAGCACCUGCAUGGGGCAAUGAGGUUUUCUUGUAUUAUAUAUACUGAUUUAUAUUUACAGGGCAAUUGCUAGGUUCGAAUACUUAGUGGAAUAGUUGGAGGUUGGGUUUUUAAAUAUAUUGGAAGGGGAGGGGAAAGCCAACAAGUGCAAGUUCCUCCUUUUCUGUAGCCGUCUUGAGUGACAGUAUUGAGCAGGGAAAAGAGGGUGGGUGGCUUGUCUGAGAUAGUAGAGUCCUCCUUGGGACAGCUACUCUGCUACCUCAUUUUUGCAUGUAGAGCUUUUUCUCCAAAAUCCCCCCUCCCCCACCAGUGAAAAUUGUCAUAGUUACUUUGGAGAACCACCUUCAAACACUAUGUGGUAAUUUAGCAGUUGGAGGUGAUUUCACAUAUGCUUCUCUUUUUCCCCUUUCUGGAAAUGAGGUUCUAAAUUGAUUAUGAGAACUCUACCAUCAGAGAUGCAAAUAAUAUACCAUAUACCUAUGUGAACUGGAGAAAAUGCAUGCAGGGAUAACUCUCGAGCUGGGUUUUCCAAGGCUGGGAUCAGCUGAAAGAAAAGAGCUAAACCGUUUGGCAAAACAUGUGAAGAGCCAUUGAGCAGUCUGAGAAGCAGCACUGGCUGCUGCUGAAGGCAGAGAUGAUGAACCGUGAGGAAGUACAGAUAAGGGCAGUGGUGAAAGUGAGUAUGCGCUGGGGCACUUCCCAAGUGGGCACUGUCCACAGAAUCGGCCUACGAGAUGCAACAAGAUGGAAGUAAUGAACUUCUCACCACCCCUGUAGUGAUGGGACACACGAUGCUACCCUUGUCAUACAUAACAAAAAAUUGAAAUUAGCAGACCCCAACAAAGCUCAAAGAACCAGCCUUACAAUUAUUAGAACCCCCUCUCCCCAGCAAAAAUAUUCUGCUCACUUUUACUUUCCAAUAUAUUUAGCACUUGAUGAAAACACUAGAACUAGUGCCUUGACGAAUAUCAACUGCUCCUCCAACAUGAACUUAUAGCUUUUAGAUUCUUAAGUACAAAUCUAAAACUGUCCUGGAUAUCAAAGUCAAAAUGCCAGCAGGAUUUUUCAGUGUUGCUGCAUUUUCCCCCCUGCUGGAAAACACCCAAAUUUCACUUUGGAAUAUUAGUAAUUCAUAUGGAUAAGGACACUGUUGCCUGCUUUUCAUGCAAACAUUGCACGUAUCAAAUCUUACCCACAAUUUGUACUCUUGAGAAAUUACAAUGCUCUUUUUUAUUGCUAAACUGAGAACGUUGGAAUAAAUUAAAUGGGAUGCCAA